AUGACUUCUACACCUGCCACGAUCUAUUUUGGAGUCCCCGACCUCUCCUACACACCGGAGCAGAGGGCGAUUUUAACUUCGCCACCUGAGGAACAUUUUCCGGCGGAAGUAUUGCUCCAUGACUUCAGCACUUCGUCAGAACUGACCAAAGGAGUGGACGGCUUGGACGUACAAGGUUUUACAUUCCUUAGGCAUCAUUCCAAGAUUCUGGAGCUUGGAAACAGAUGGGAUGAUGCUCAACUCCAUCAGUAUUAUCAUGAACUUGAGGAGCUGAUGUGCGAAUGGCUCGGCGCUAGGAAGGCGUUUGUUGUCAACACUGUUGUCCGCCGUGUGAGCACGUGGACUGAUUUUAGUACUUGGGUAGACCGCAACAGCAAAGUCGGAAAGGAUCAGGAGUCGAGGCAACAUGACAAAAUCCUAGUUGCUGGCUCCCAAGGAAAAGCAGGUACAGGCCCUGUAGGGAAGGCCCAUAUAGACGUGACUCUUCAAGGCAUGAGAGACACGGUGCGGUUCUCUCGCAAAGACAUUGCAGAGUGGGCUCAAGAUAUUCUGAGAGCGGAAGACACUGGCCGCCCAGCUCCACGAUAUGCCAUGUACAGUGUUUGGCGGCCACUACAUACAGUCGAGCGAGAUCCCAUGACGGUGUGCGAUUAUCGUACUGUAAAUCGCGAUGGCUUGAUUCCAGUCCCAAUUCGCUUCCCUAGCGAAUUGAUUGGCGAAUUUAUAGCCGCCUCUGCCAAUUUGCGGCGGCCAGCAAACGAUGAGAAAAAUACGCAGAAAUGGUACUGGUUGCCGAACCAAACCCCUGACGACUUACUCGUUAUUAAGAAUGCCGACACAAGUCUUGAUCAUGUAGCUGCCUGGAGUCCACACGCAGCGUGUAGGUUGCAAGAGACUCAAGCUGGGGACAAAGCACGUGAAAGUGUGGACUGUAGGGUUUUAGUUUUCUGGUAG